GCAAUGUUAUUCAUAACAUUCCAAUUAUGAUCUAUAAACGCUAGUAGUCUUCGCAGUUUAUAAGUACAGUACGUUGCAGUAUAACAUUAGAGUAUAGUGAACUGUCUCUACCUACCUCUAUCAUGUGCAACCUACAUCGAUGUCUACUGUUUGCUUCUAUCCUGAGUACUAUAGGCAUUCUGGAAGGAUUGGAAAUGUGCUCAACUGAUCAUGAGGGUGAGAUAAGAUUAGUAGCUGGGAAACAUCAAUAUGAAGGUCGCCUGGAGGUGUGCCUCUAUCGACCCGAAUACAGUUUGAGUCUCUGGGGUACGUUUUGUGUCAAUGGCUGGGACUUAGAGGAGACUGUAGUAGCGUGUCGGCAACUGGGUGUCCCAGCAAACAUUACUAUGAAUGUUUUUGGAGUUUUAUUCAUUGGAGAGCGUAGUUCCACACCUGUUCGUUGGACUAACACUAACUGCUCUGGAGAAGAGGGUCGCCUUGUAGACUGCUUUUAUAACAAUUUCUCCUGUCCAGAACGAGAAGAUGUGGGGUUAAUAUGUGCCCAACCUAACCCUGAGUGUAGUAAUGGAGAUGUACGAAUUGUGGAUGCGUUUGGUAGAAACUCCACUGAAGGUAGAGUGGAAUUUUGUCGUGGCCGACGUUGGGGGACUGUGUGCGAUGAUGAAUGGGAUGAUAUUGACGCAGCAGUGGUUUGCAAACAACUGAAUUUAUCGCAAGCUAAUGUCCCUAAAACAAUUCAGCAAGACUUAGUGCCAUCAGCUGCUAACAAUGUUCCCAUCAGCCUGGACUUCGUACAUUGCACUAAAGAUUCCCAAGGUUUGAAGGAUUGUCCUGCUCUUACUCAUGUGCAGCGGUGCACACACGUACACGAUGCUGGGGUCAGCUGCCCCAUUUCUUCUGAGUGCACGGUAGAGGCUUCGGUUCGACUGGUGGGUGGAAACGAGUCUACAGAGGGCAGAGUAGAGUACUGCCGAGACAAUCUCUGGGUGUCAGUGUGCAGGGAUUCGUGGGACCACAAAGAUGCUCAAGUUGUGUGCAGACAACUGGGUUUUGUUGGAGUCUCUCUAGCGGAAGUUUUAACAUUUGAAAUGAAUUUCGAUCAUGGGAUAAAAAAUAACAUUGGUCCAGUACAAUGUGAAGGCGAGGAGAAUAACCUCCUUGAGUGUCCUAGUGAAGGAAACUGUUACUUGAGCCAUGGGGCUGGAGUCAAAUGCUACAAUGAGUCAAACUGUGCUCCUGAUUCGAGUGUGAGGGUUGUAAAUGGUGUCAUCUCUGAUGAGAUUGGCACAGUGGAGCUCUGCUAUGGUGACUGGGGAUACGUGUGUGGGGACUCAUGGGGUGAUACAGAUGCUCAAGUGUUAUGCCGACAACUAGGACUCACUGGAGGAAUAGGAUAUCCUACUAGCCUGUUUGGCUCAGAAACAGGCAGGUUCAAUCUUAACAAUGUCAAAUGCUUGGGAAAUGAAACUUCCUUAAGUGAUUGCUCACAUGACGGGUAUGGUGCUCACAAUUGUAUGGACAGGAUGACAAAGCAGGCAGCAGUCAUUUGUGGUACUUCAGCAGGAGCUGGGGUAUCUAGGUGCACAAAAGAGCAGCUUAACAAGAGUGUUGCCACUAGCGAGACUUCACUCCAAGUUGGAAGCCUUGGCACUUGUGAGCGUUACCAGCGUCUUUCAAGUAUCUGCAACACAGUGUUCAAUGAGUCAACAGGCUAUGUGUUUAUCAGAAACAGUAGCGGACUAUUCAACCAGAGUUGGCUUUCCUACAAAUUAGAUCAAAUACUGUCUGACACCAUCAUUGAUGGCAACACAACAUGUAGUUUAAUGAUCAAGAGUGUGGUGUGCAAUUACUUCAUGCCCACGUGUGGGAAUAGUGGGUUCGUCCAUAUUCCACGGGCUGUGUGCCCAAACGAUUGCUCACUUGUUCAGAACGAUUGUAGUGAUGAGUGGAGUCGCAUCAACACUGUGCUGGUAGUGAAUGGAAAUCUUGGAAAAAUUAAUUGUGAGGCCACACAACAUUUACUGAGCCCUCUUCCUACUUGUUGCAUCGAGAUACCAGAAAUCAACGUGCAAGGUACAACAUCCUCAGAGGAGGCUACUAUGCCAGCUCCAAGUAGUCAACAUGGGACAACUGUUGCCAUUGUGAUUAGUCUGCUUGCUUUGCUCUCAAUAUUGAUAGUGGCCGUAGUGUUUGUUGUUUUGUAUGUCAUAUCAUCUAAGCGGAAGAAGGUCACUCUCAGAAGGCUUCAGUUGGACCUGCUUUCAAGUGCCUCUACGCGAUCUACUGAUUAUCGCUCCCCCACCUACCUUGUGAUAGAUGAUGACGGUAAGCUGCUGCGCUCGACAAAUGGAUCCGUCAGAGGACCUCUAGCUGCACCCAACCCUUACACUACUAAGUCAGAGCUUCUGGCCUCUCCCUUUCUCACUCCUCAAGACUCUGGCAUGAUGGGUCGCAUUAGUUCCAGUAUUAUUCGAGAGCUAACCAGCAACUUGCUCAUCCCACACUCACGUCUCAAGCUACUAGACUGUGUUGGCCAAGGGGAGUUCGGUGUGGUUUACAAGGCCCAUUACACUGAGCCCGAGGGGGAUAUUGGUUACAAGACCAGCAUUGUGGCAGUCAAAACACUCAAAGGUGUGUUUGACCAGAUCCAGGUUGAUAAGAUCAUGGAGGAGAGCAUUAAGAUGAAGAGUUUCGACCAUCCUAAUGUCCUCAACCUGAUGGGGGUGUGUCUGGAUGCCGGUCCCGCCCCUUAUGUUGUCAUACCCUACAUGGCCAACGGGAGUCUUCUACACUACCUGAAAAAGGAGCGCAGGAACCUCAUCCUGCCUGUGGGCACAGACGAUGAUGUGCGAUCUGAGGUCUGCAAACGACUAGUUGUAAUGUGCAUGCAGAUAUCCUGUGGCAUGGAAUACCUGGCUCAUGAGAAAUUUAUUCAUAGGGACUUAGCAGCAAGGAAUUGCAUGAUUGACAUCCACUUUGUGAUCAAAAUAGCUGAUUUUGGGCUCUCAGAGGAUGUGUAUGCCAAGAGCUACUACAGGCAGAGUGAAACAGACAAGAGUACCAAGCUUCCAGUAAAGUGGAUGGCACCAGAGAGCCUUACAGACGGCCUCUUCUCAGAGAAAUCUGAUGUGUGGUCGUAUGGUGUGACGUGCUGGGAGUUGUUCAGUGGAGGCAAAACGCCAUAUCCUGGAAUGGACCCGAUGUCACUCAUUCGUAUGUUAGAGGCUGACAAAAGACUCAACAAACCUCUCAACACAGCAUGCCCAGAUGAAAUGUACCAAGUGAUGCAACGGUGCUGGGAAAAGUCUCCUGACCGACGACCGACUUUCAGUGACCUUGUGGAGACUAUUUCAGAAUACACAGAGAAGAUCGCUGGCUACUUGGACAUAAGCUUAUAUAACCCUUUUGUAGCAACCUAUGAAGAAAUUAGAUCACCAGAAGAUGAGCAAAUAGUUUCUGACCCCGACCAAGUAGUUCGUUGCAUGAAAAACAAGGAUAACAAGCUAAAAUCAACACCCUGCAACUCAACACUAAAUUCACCUGUCAGAUCACCAUAUUUCACCCCCAGGGGCUCACCUAGGACAUCUCCAAUGGCCUCCCCUAUUCUAUCCCGCAACAGACCGGCCCCUGGCAUCUUGUCAUGGCAUGCUUCUCCUCAGCCACAUAUCGGUAUAAGAAACCAUGUCGAAACUCCCUCUCAAACUGGAGAGCAGACUAAAAUCGCAUUAAAUGGGAGGCGACUCAGUGUGGGGGCUGGACCAAGUAGUCAGGUUUUUCAUACUCCACAGAGAAGACUGAGUGCCAGUGCUGCAAUUCAAAUCAAGAUAACAGAAUCUGAAACCGAUGUUUGAUAAUUUUGCAGUAUCGUGUUUAAUUUUUAUAUAUAAUAACUGAGUGUCAAUUACAUAAUUAUA